AUGGUUUUGUUGUGGGCGGAGGAUACUUUCCUGCCCCCUGGCUUUGGGUUUGCCCACGUGGAUUGCUCUGGCCUUGGAAUGAAGCAGAAACCAAAGGCUGCCAGUUCCGAGCCCACGUCUGAAGUCGCCUUAGGUGGUUCCGCGGGCCCCGUGCGCUCCCACCUUCACCCAGAGGGCCUUCUCUGCCUCGGACACCCAAACACCUACCAAAAGUGGGUAGUGUGCCAGGACACCUCCAAGUGUGCCAGAAGCCCAGGAAGCACACAUCAAGGCUCGCUUGCCAGCGGGGUGCUGCCAAUAAAAUGUAGUCACGUGGAAUUUGGAAUGUGGAAAGGAGGUAGAAGUCAUCCUUUCCUCCCCCAUAGCAGCAGGUGUGCAGGCUCUGGUGGUCAGCUGGACUCCAUACUCCCCCACCAGUCACCAGCCUGGGGACCGUGGGGCUGCAAGGACCUCAGCAGCAGUUUCCCAAGUUUCCUGACUUCUUCCAUCCUCUGGAAAUCAGCUGUGGUAAAGUAGCCUGAAAGCCAGUGGUGCAACCCCAUCCCCACAACCUUCACCACCUCUAGCCCCUCCAAUGAUAAGCACUAAUUGCCUAUA